AUGACUACCAUCCGUCGCCCCAAUCCUCCCGUCUCCGACAGCAUCUUCGAGAUGUUCAGCAUGCGCGGCCGCGUGGUUAUCAUCACCGGUGGCUCAGGAGGAAUCGGAUACCAGGUUUCUCGAGGGCUAGCCGAAGCCGGUGCCAAUGUAGCCUUGUGGUAUAACCAGUCCAUCCAGGCAAAAGACCUAGCUGCUACUAUCGCGCGAGACUUUGGAAUUGCGGCCAAGGCGUACCGGUGUGAUGUGCAAGAUUUCAACCAGGUGAAAUCUACCACUGACGCUGUCGUUGCCGACUUCGGCCGUCUGGAUGUCAUGAUCGCCAACGCCGGUAUCCCUUCCAAAGCUGGAGGUCUCGACGACCGUCUGGAGAACUGGCACCGCGUGGUGGAUGUUGAUUUCUCAGGCGCAUACUAUUGCGCCCGAGCAGCGGGCGAGAUCUUCCGCAAGCAACAAUCCGGAAACGUAAUCUUCACUGCAUCUAUGUCGGGGCAUGCUGUCAACGUGCCACAGCAACAAGCCUGCUACAACGCCUGCAAAGCCGGCAUAAUCCACCUCUCCAAAUCGCUCGCCGUGGAAUUCGCCCCCUUCGCGCGCGUCAACAGCGUCAGUCCGGGGUACAUAGAUACCGCAAUUAGCGGCGAUUGUCCGAGUGUGAUGAAGGAGGAGUGGUAUAGUUUGACGCCGUUGAAACGGGAUGCGGAUCCGAGAGAGUUGAAGGGCGUAUAUUUGUAUUUGGCGAGUGAUGCUAGUACGUUUACCACGGGAGCAGACUUUGUGGUUGAUGGGGGGUAUACUUGUCGGUAG